GAAUGAAUUUAGCAAAGACAAAAAAUUUCCUCCCCCCUCUCUAUCUACUGCACAUGUGAGGUAAAGUUUACUCCCAAAGUUGCCCCCACGUUUCUUUGCAUAUUUUGUGGGCGCACUCCCUCUCUCUCCAUUCUUUUUCUUUCAAAGAACAAAGCUUUCUUGGGAAAAAUUUCUUCAAUUUCUAACAUUCUAUCCAACCUGUGAAAAAAAAGCCUCCUCCCAAAAGUGUUCAAUUUGGGACAGAUUGGUAAGACUUUUUUGAACAUUGCGCUUCUGGGUUUUCUUUGGUUUCACUUUGGUGAUCUGGAUAAUGCUGCAUUUGUCUAUUCACAGUUUAGAAUUCAUUGUAGUAUGUAAAGUUUGAAUUUUGCUUAAUAGAAGUUAGCCUUGGAAUGAAAUGGUUUAGUUGAUCUCAUUAUUGCAGGAAUUUUGGAGUUAUUUUUUUUAAUCUAUUUUUUGGUCAGCUAGGGACUUCUGUACUGAAUUUUGGUGGGUUUUUGUGAAAUUGGGUUUUUACUUUUUGUUGAGCUCUGUCUCUGCUUGGAGAUCUGUGUUUCCUCUGGUAAAUAGGAGUUGAGACCUUUUGAAUUGGCAUUUUCUGGAGGUAUUUGGACAUUUGCAGUGAAGAAGUAUACUUGCUUGAGAUUUAUUCAUGUUUUCGACUGACUAGUGUGAUGUACCCCCCUACAUCCUACUGAGCAAUUAUAGAUUUGGCAUAGUUAUUGAUUUCUUAAAUUUAGCAGUGGAGGUAUAGUUUCUCGUACAUUUUGUUGGAUACAGACAUGGCCUCAACAACAUCACCUUCACCAACCUCUUCACCUUCUGCUGUUCCACCAACUACAUCCUCCACUACCUCACUACCAUCACCACCACCAGCCCCUUCUUUGCCAUCAAAUUCUACUGCCACUUCACCACUGCCUGCAACAACUUUGCCUAAUCAGACCACUGAUCCCCCGGUCCCUUCAACCCCUUCUAAAUCUUCAGCUCCACCCCCUCAAUCCUCCCCGCCCUCAAAACCUGCUGCCCCACCUCCAUCCCCACCAUCAUCACCUCCACCAUCUCUAACAACACCCUCAGCGCCACCACCAUUAGCACCACCUCCAUCACCCCCAGCAUCCCCACCACCAGCCCCUCCAACAUCACCACCUCAAUCAACACCUAUUGUCCCUCCUCCAGCUGUCACUACUUCACCGCCCCCUCCUGAUAUAUCCCCCCCUCCACCACCAGCAAGCAGCCCUCCCUCUAAACAGCCCUCCCCAACCGCUCCUGUGGCAUCCCCUCCUUCCCCUCAAGCUGUUGCCCCUUCCCCACCUUCCCCUGUUAAUGUCCCUACGCCUCCUUCCACUAAUUCACCGCCUCCACCACCAGUCAAGGCCCCUGAAAGUUCUCCUGCACCUCCAAAUGUUACUCCGCCAUCUAGUUCUCAGUCUGGUAGUCCUCCAACUGUAACAAAUUCUCCUCCUCCUCCAACAUCUACAUUGCCAUCACCACCUACUUCUGUCCCGUCGACUUCUUUACCCCCUGUAGUACCUCCUCCUGCUCCUCCAGAUAAUUCAUCAACAACAGGAACUUCUCCUUUGUCGCCCUUACCCUCUAUCCCUACAGAAAAGCCAACUGCAAAAGCAACUAACGAUAGCAAUGUCUCUGCAAAUACAACAUCCACAGGUGCAGGGAAUUUUAACACUGGAGCUGCAGUGGCAAUAGGCAUUGUUGUUGGGUUUAUAAUACUCAGUUUUCUCGUAAUGGCUGUGUGGGUUGUACAGAAACGAAAAAGAAGGCGUGCUAAAUCAAAUAUUGGGUACACUGUGCCGUCCCCAUUUGCCUCCUCCCAGAAUUCAGAAUCAUUAUUUCUAAGGCCCCAUUCUCAUGGAACUUUGGGAGGAAGCCCUUCUGGCAGUGAUUUCAUCUAUUCGCCUUCAGAGCCAGGAGGAGUAAGCAAUUCAAAGUCAUGGUUCACAUAUGAGGAGCUAGUACAAGCCACAAAUGGGUUUUCAACACAAAAUCUUUUGGGUGAAGGUGGAUUUGGUUGUGUAUACAAAGGUAUCCUGGUGGAUGGCAGAGAAGUAGCUGUAAAACAAUUAAAGAUGGGCGGUUCUCAAGGAGAGCGUGAGUUUAAAGCUGAGGUAGAGAUUAUUAGCCGAGUACAUCACCGCCAUUUAGUUUCGCUAGUGGGUUACUGUAUAUCCGAGAAUCAAAGAUUGCUCAUCUAUGACUAUGUCCCAAACAAUACCCUUCACUACCAUCUCCACGAUGAAGGGAGGCCAGUUAUGGAUUGGGCAAUUCGGGUCAAGGUUGCUGCUGGAGCAGCUCGUGGCAUCGCUUACCUACAUGAAGACUGUCAUCCCCGCAUUAUCCAUAGGGAUAUAAAGUCAUCAAACAUCCUUCUUGAUGACAAUUUUGAAGCUCGGGUUUCAGAUUUUGGACUUGCAAAGAUAGCACUGGAGCUGGAUUCAAAUACGCAUGUGACAACACGCGUGAUGGGAACCUUCGGGUAUAUGGCUCCCGAGUAUGCAACAAGUGGCAAGUUGACUGAAAAAUCUGAUGUUUAUUCUUUUGGAGUUGUGCUUUUAGAGCUAAUUACAGGCCGUAAGCCUGUUGAUGCCUCUCAGCCAUUGGGUGAUGAAAGCCUAGUUGAAUGGGCUCGACCAUUGCUUGCUGAAGCACUUGAUAAUGAAGAUUUUGAAGCACUAGUUGACCCAAGGCUGGAGAAGAACUAUGUAGCUAGAGAAAUGUUUCGAAUGAUUGAGGCAGCUGCAGCUUGUGUGCGUCAUUCAGCUGCAAAAAGGCCACGAAUGAGUCAGGUGGUGAGAGCUUUGGGCUCCUUAGACGAGUUGUCAGAUCUAUCUAAUGGAAUGAAACCUGGCCAAAGUGAAAUCUUUGACUCAAGACAACAUUCUGCGCAGAUUCGUAUGUUUCAGAAGUUGGCAUUUGGUAGCCAGGACUAUAGUUCAGAUUUUUUUGAUAACAGUCAAAGUAGCUGGCAGAGUCGAGAGCAUAGCCGUGGUAACUUUAUACCGUAAGUGCAUCUCAAUAUGGAACAAUUGAUUUGAGUUCAGGUUUUCCAUGGCAAGCAUGAUUAUCUUAAAUUUCCAAUCUAUAAAACAGCUGAUUUCAGAAGGGUUCCAGUUUUGCUCAUUCCUGGAUUUUGUGACCCAUUUAUGGUUUUGUUCUUCUUGGAACCAGGUCAUGCCGAGUAAAGUCUCAUGUAUUUUAUUCUUGUAUUUUUCCCUCCACUUCUUAGCCAAUAUGAUUUUUCCUUGUAAGGUUGCCUCAUUUUGUUUCUUUAUUAGUUAAACUCAUCAUACAGCUUAUGUGUAUUUAUAUAUCCUAUUAAUAUAAGCCUCCUUUUUCCAUUA